UCUCACCGGGUACUUCCGUUUCACCUCCCGGGCCGCAGCUGGUGCUGCUCAAAGGUUCCUUCCAGCUCCCUGAGGAGAGCGCCAGAGGGCCCCGAAAGGCAACCGCUCACACGCCCACCCCUCACCUGUAGGGAUAGAAAGGAGACGUCUCAUUGUUUCGCUCGACCCUGAAUUGGCCCUGCUGAGCCUCAUGGGAGUUGUAGUCUUGCUCGGCUGACCCGCUGGGUAACCGCGGAAGGUCGCACGACAAAUGAAUCGAACAAAGGGAGAUGAGGAAGAGUAUUGGAACAGCUCCAAGUUCAAGGCUUUCACCUUUGAUGAUGAAGAUGAUGAACUCUCACAGUUGAAGGAAUCCAAACGGGCAGUGAAUAGUCUUCGAGACUUCGUGGAUGAUGAUGAUGACGAUGACCUGGAGAGAGUCAGCUGGAGUGGGGAACCUGUGGGAAGUAUCUCAUGGUCUAUCAAAGAGACUGCUAGUAAUAGUGUGUCAAACCAUGAGGGACGUGAACAACUAAAGAGCCGAAACAGCUUCUCCUAUGCACAGCUACCCAAACCUCCUUCUACUUAUUCCCUGAGCAGCUUUUUUAAAGGGAGAACUAGACCUGGAAGUUUCCAGUCUCUUUCUGAUGCUCUGUCAGACACACCUUCCAAAAGCUAUGCUCCCGAGCUGGGUCGACCCAAGGGAGAAUAUAGGGAUUACAGUAAUGACUGGAGCCCCAGUGACACAGUGCGACGCCUCCGGAAAGGCAAGAUCUGUUCACUGGAAAGAUUCCGCUCCUUACAGGACAAACUACAGCUUCUAGAAGAAGCAGUAAGCAUGCAUGAUGGAAACGUCAUUACUGCAGUUCUCAUCUUCCUGAAGAGAACGCUGAGCAAAGAGAUCCUCUUCCGGGAGCUGGAGGUGCGACAGGUUGCCUUGAGACAUCUCAUUCACUUCCUUAAGGAAAUAGGGGAUCAAAAGUUGCUUUUGGACCUCUUCAGGUUCCUAGAUAGAACAGAAGAGCUUGCGCUAUCCCAUUAUCGAGAGCACUUGAACAUUCAGGACCCUGAGAAACGGAAAGAAUUUCUUAAGACCUGCGUUGGUUUGCCAUUUUCAGCAGAAGAUUGUGCACACAUACAAGACCAUUACACGCUCCUGGAACGUCAGAUCAUUAUUGAGGCAAAUGAUCGGCAUCUAGAGUCAGCAGGACAGACUGAGAUCUUCCGGAAGCACCCCCGUAAAGCUUCCAUCCUCAACAUGCCACUAGUGACGACGCUUUUCUACUCCUGCUUCUACCACUACACGGAGGCAGAGGGGACAUUCAGCAGUCCAGUCAACUUGAAGAAAACAUUUAAGAUCCCAGACAAGCAGUAUGUGCUGACAGCGCUGGCUGCACGGGCUAAGCUUCGUGCCUGGCAUGAUGUUGAUGCCCUCUUUACCACAAAGAACUGGCUGGGCUACACUAAGAAGAAAGCACCCAUUGGCUUCCAUCGAGUUGUGGAAAUUUUGCACAAGAAUAGUGCCCCUGUUCAGGUAUUACAGGAAUACAUCAAUCUGGUGGAAGAUGUGGACACAAAGCUGAACUUAGCUACCAAGUUCAAGUGCCAUGAUGUUGUCAUUGAUACCUGCCGGGACCUGAAGGAUCGUCAGCAGUUGCUGGCCUACAGGAGUAAGGUGGAUAAAGGGACCCCAGAGGAGGAAAAGAUCGAUGCCAUUCUCAACAGCUCGCAAAUUCGAUGGAAGAAUUAAGUGGCAUCAGCUGCCCUGGAACCUGCCUCAUCUCUUCCUUUCCUGCCUGUGAAAGAGAAAGCUCUUUUUGGGGAGAGUUACAGCAUCACACUACUGAGGCCAGUUCUCAGCAAGGAGUGCCUGCUGCUCUUGGGACAGAAAUCAACACUUGGGCACAGGCAGCUUCAGGCUGAUCUCUCCACAGGCCAUCAUCCAAAGGCCAUGAGAAAGGCCAUGACUCAUGACAAAGAUCUGUCCACCUGGUGCUCAUGUGAAGGUGGGAGUGAUUUCUAGAUUGGGCCCAUAUUGGGCAAGAUCUCUGUUGGUCGGAGAAGUGACUGCUUCAGAAAAGAAGUCUCCUAGGCUCAGAGGUGUCAAAGGGUGGCCACUCCAUUCUUCUCAGUUAUUAUGGCCUUGGACUUGGUGCUGGACCUUGACAGUUCUGAUCUGAAGGAAGUCAGAACAGAACCCAAUGGUGUCUCAGAAAGGAUGCUAGUGUGGCCAGGACCAGCUGGAGGACUCCUCACCCCAGACUGCACGGAGACCUCCCUGUCAUGGCAGAGGUUGCCCACAUGUUGUGUUUCUUCAGCCAGUGUCCCUCUGCUGCCCCGUCUGCUGUCUGUCCAGAAACUUGUGGUUCCUCCCUUACCUGCACGCUGAGAUGGCUUGUGUGGGUGAUAACAUUCCCCAUACCUGCCCCUCUCCUCCCACCAGAUCCAUUAUCUUACGUGGAGUUCAGAUUCAGCAGUGCUGGAGAGCUCUCCCUUUAUGCACAAAUCUUUUUAUUUCACUAGGCACUUCGGAAAGUUCCACCAGGGCUAAACUCAGCAGCAUUUCUGACUGGUGGGGUAUUAAGAUGCAGGUGUUAGCUUCACAUUUGGUGUUCAAGAGGAUAUUCUGUAAUGCUGGAUUCCUGCCCUAUACCAGUAUUAGUCUCUCUUCUCUGUGACUGGUUUCCUAGACAUGCCUGGACUCCUAAUAAAGCUCUUUCUUCCUUGGUGCCUUCUCUUUCCCUUCUAGAUGUUUGUGUGCAAAAUUGUGAACAACUUGCCUUGUCCAUUGGUACCACUACAAACCCGCCUCUUGGACGCAUUCAGCACAGCUCAGAUUAGGUUAUAGCAUAGUGGUGCUUUUGGGAAAGCAGGGCUGUGUUGGUUAACAGGAGUACUGAGCUGGGAGGAAAAAAGACCUGGUCUGUUGCCCCAGCUCUACUACCCACAAGCUGUCCGAUGCUGGGUGAGUUCCUUCCUCUCUAAACUCAUUGUCUUCAUUUGUAAUAAUAGGAGGGCCUGCUACAGAACUGGUGGAGAUUUGUGCUCUGUGACUGGAGGUUGACAGAGUAGAAGGAAGAAAAUAUGCUUGUUCAGAGGCACGCAGCAUGCUUUAAGGCAAUCUGGUUCUCCACUAGGGGCAACUUUGCCCCCAGGAACCUUGUAUCAAUGUCUGGAGACACUUGUUACUGCAGCAAGAUGAAGGCAUGUAGGCCGCUAAACAUCCUGAAAGGGCCAGGCUGCCACCCACAGUGUCACACAGAAUGUCAGUAAUGCUAAUACUGAGGAACCUGUGUUAAGGACAGCUGGCUCCAACUCUUGCUCCUACUUUGCAAUCCCUUUACCAUUCCAAGUAGCCUCAUAUUUGGUUCAAGAUCAUCCCUCUUGCUGUUGAAGAUAAAAGCUCAAUUUGAUAAAUUAUGGUUAUUGGCUGAUUUCAAACAAACUGCUGACUUCACUAACUAGUUCAUCUGUUAGGGUUCAUUUAGAGAAACAGACCACUGGGAGUCUAGUCUGUCCAAAUUGCCCAUCUGUCCAUCCAUCUAUUUAAUUUAUGGGCUGGAUUCAUUACAGCAACUGGACCUUAGUCAAGUGUGGCAGUUGGUUAAAAAGUCUUUGGAAGGUUGUCUUCAUGUCUGGUGGGAGAGCUGGAAAUCCAAAGGCAGGCAAGGGAAGAUUGGUAUAAAGUGAAGGAGAGCAAGGACAUUUUGGAGCCCAUGGAAUUGGACUAGACUGUGUCACUUCUCACUGCCUCCAGUCUUAAUGGGGUGUGCCACAAAAGGGCCCAGGGGGUGGUGUGUCAGGCCAGGCCCAAUUGCUGCCCCACACUGAUAGGAUCACCAGCAGACAACCAAAUGCUGCCCCAACCUUGUCAGCAUAAAUGCAAACUAGCUGCUGCUUCACCUCCACCCUCCAGAUCUUGCACAAAAAUCCCCCAAAUGAAACAUACAGGGAAGGGAAUUCUGGAAAACAGCCCAGCCUAGCCAACUUUACUAUU